AAUCCACCGGGAGCCGGGCUCACUCAGCUUCCGUAUUUACGGACCAUGUAACGACAUCGCGCUGGAGGGGACGCUCUCCUCACCUCCCCGGAGCUCAGACUGACACAGACCCCCAGAGAGCCGUGCUGCCCGGCGUCCACCCCCCCAGCCACGGAGCGUUAUACUAGCGGAACUUGGCGGCGGCCCCUACACCGCUCCCGGGGGGGCCCGGCCCCCGCCCUCCCCCCGCUAGGCCGCCGCUGAGGGCGUCUGGUUGCCCGGGGCAGCAAAUGGUUGGGCCAGAGGAUGGCGGCGGCCAGGGGAGUCCUGCCUGUCACAGGGCCGGAGUGACGGAGGACGAGGAAGGCGAGGAGGAGGCGGACAUCCUCCGGCUCUAUAUCUCCGGCCCGGCCGUCAGGAUGACCAACGGGGACCUGGGAUACCCCUCCCGGGGGGGCAAGGAGGAGCCGGCCCCGGGCGCCAUGGACAGCGAGGAGCUCAGGCUGCCCAAUGGAGGACACCGGCUGGCCGGCCCGUGCUGCCCGGGGGGGUCCUGUCACCCCCCGGAGCCCCCCGGGUACCCUUCCCCCAGUGCGGCCGGCUCGGGGGCCUCCAGCUGCAGCUCGUCCCCGGUCAGCGCGCACACCGUGGCCGGUUACUUCGUGUCCGAGGAGGCCGACCGAUUCCGGUUCCUGGAUGUCACCCUGAGCUCCCGAAACACGUUCGAGGUGAGCCGCCGGCAAAGCGCCCCGGACCACCUCCAUGACGGACUCAGCCUGCCCGAAGGGGAAUUCGGUCCCCGGGAACAGGACGGAGACAGACCCUGGAGGAUGGGGAUCGCAGACUUCUUCACAAGGAACUUCUUUUCUAAAAAAUCAAAAGAACCCAAAGCUCCAGCCCUGAGUGCUCCAGGUUGGAAAUUGUUUGGAAAAGUUCCUCCAAGGGAGAACGUGCAAAAGGACUCUAAAAUCAUUCAGCAGGAUGACAGUUCUGGCAGUCUAUCGUCAGUCUCCACGCCAAAUCUAUUAAACACAGGGGAAUAUGAAGCACGUGUAGGAAGAACCUGUAAUGGUUCAGGUCAGACCACAAGACGUAAAAAGUUUGAGUUUGAACCACUUUCCACCACUGCUCUUAUACUGGAGGAUCGGCCAGCAAAUCUCCCUGCUAAAUCGGUCCAUGAAACAUUACGUCACCGGCAAGAAUAUGAUGAGAUGGUGGCAGAGGCAAAGAAAAGGGAGGUGAAAGAGGCACAGAGGAGAAAGAAACUUAUGAAGGAACGAUUUAAGCAAGAGGAAAAUAUUGCCAGCGCCAUGGUAAUUUGGAACACUGAAAUUCUGCCAAACUGGGAUGCUGUGAGAAGUACCAGAAAAGUCAGAGAUCUAUGGUGGCAAGGUUUACCCCCAAGCGUCCGUGGGAAAGUAUGGAGUUUGGCCAUAGGCAAUGAACUUAAUAUAACUCCUGAGCUUUAUGAGAUCUUCCUGUCCAGAGCGAAGGAGCGAUGGAAAAGCUUCAGUGAGACCGGCUCUGAGAAUGAAAUAGAAGAUGCGGGAGUGUCGAUUGCUGAUCGAGAAGCCAGCCUGGAGCUAAUUAAACUAGAUAUAUCGCGAACGUUCCCGUCACUGUAUAUUUUUCAGAAGGGUGGGCCUUAUCAUGACUUAUUGCACAGUGUGUUGGGAGCAUAUACAUGCUAUAGACCAGAUGUCGGCUAUGUCCAGGGCAUGUCCUUCAUCGCUGCUGUGCUCAUUCUCAAUUUGGAAGAAGCAGAUGCAUUCAUUGCCUUUGCAAAUCUUCUAAACAAGCCGUGCCAGCUGGCAUUCUUCCGGGUGGACCACAGCAUGAUGUUGAAAUAUUUUGCAGCGUUUGAAGUAUUCUUUGAAGAGAAUCUCCCCAAGCUUUUCCUGCACUUCAAUUCAUAUAGUCUUACACCAGACCUCUACCUGAUAGACUGGAUUUUCACACUAUACAGCAAGUCACUGCCUCUCGAUCUUGCUUGUCGUGUCUGGGAUGUCUUCUGCAGAGAUGGAGAAGAAUUUUUAUUUAGAACCGCUCUGGGAAUACUGCGACUCUACGAAGACAUUCUCUUACAGAUGGACUUUAUUCAUAUAGCACAGUUCCUAACAAAAUUACCUGAAGAUAUUACAUCAGAAAAGCUCUUCAGCUGUAUAGCAGCAGUUCAGAUGCAAAACUGUAAUAAGAAAUGGAUCCAGGUAUUCACAUCACUGAUGAAGGAUUACAAAGAAGGAUGACUUUAAGAAAAACCUUGAACUUAAAAGUGGAUAACGGUCAUUUUUUGUUUCUGAACUAUAUAAAACCACUUCAAUAAAACCGAUAUGGUUUGUAAAUCAAGAUCGAAAAACCACUACCGACAAGUAUGAUCUGAGAAGCCCCAGCGAAUUGCACAUUGAUGUAAAAGGCAGUGGAGUAUAUACAAACUUUAUUUUUUAUUUUUUCAUUUUUUUGUCAGUAUUAAAAUAAGACAAAUAUUCUGAUGCAUUCAGUCGUGCAGUACACUGAAUGCAUUUCUUUUUGCAACUAAUGAAUCAUAUUUAAUAUACACACACAAAAAUGUAAUGCAAUAAAAAUUUGUAACAGGACUUUUACUUGGUACACUAAACUUUGAAGUACAUAAUUCUUAAAACAACCGAUGCACUUUCCUCCGCUGCCCCCAUUUUUAUUUUCUAUUCCCCCCCAUCGCCCUUGUAAAAGUGCAAUGCCAGUAAUAUAUAAUAUAAAGGCUGAAUUCUAAACCAUGCUCUCUGGUACAAAUACAAGAUCAACAACAAUAGGGACCAAAUGGGUUAAAUGUCUUGCAGUCAAUAUUUCUGUAGGAUUGUUGCUAACCUGGCUUGAGCAAUUUCAAGUCCCAUCUGCUUAAAUAGUAUCCAGACCCAUUAACAUAAAUGCACUGUGAAAACUAUUAGUUUGUACAAAUACGUCCCAGCAUCUUUAUUUUAUUUUUUUAAGCGUAAUGGCAGAGUAAAGCUUCAUCAAAUUUGAAUGUGUUGCUCCUAUUACUGAUCUGCAGAAGGUUAGUGACUUUCAAGCAUGCUGCUUAGUUUGGCGACUUAAAGCAUUUUGCGUUACACAUGGUUAGACGCUUGAUGUUUGAAUGAAAUGAUUUAACUGGUUAGACACUAUAAUCCGUUUCAUAGUAAUUGCAGGUUGUGCUAAUACAAAUAUGACUGUAUAGAUUUAUUGUAAGAAUUGUUUCAUUGUUACUCCAACAAUAAUCCUGGGCAUUGUUUAACAGUAUUGUUUUAACACUAAUCAAACUCAAAAAAUAUAUUGUCCAUUGUUUAUGGUGUCUUCUGACAAAUCUCUGAUCCGUUGCAGCUCUUCAUAGGGAGUCCAUCAUUAAUGUAAGGAGAGUAUUUUAUAGCCUAUAAUAUGUAAUAAUUAGGAAUGAUAAUGGAGUGUACCUGCCCACAGUUCUGUUGCAGUUUCCGUAGUUACCUCAUUAAUGGUAUUUGUAAUGGCUGAGAAUCAUAAAUUAAAUACUUGACACGCAGAUACCACUCCCAAUGAUAACUCCUUGUUUUGUUGCACAAGUUGGUAAACAAAAACAGUCAGCAAGAAUAAAUAGAAAGCCAAGAGUAUUCUUUUGAGUGGCAGACACAACUUGAUUUUCCUUUUUUGGGAGAAUAUGUCCGAAAUAUACUUCUUCCUUCAGGCAUCAGCAAGUCCUUUAUUGACUGUUUUUUCUUCCCAUAUUUGUCUCUGUUUCUUUGAGAUCCAGGGUUCUUCUUGUCACUGUGUUUGAUCUCGCUACUGUUUUUCACCCAUGGUUUGGAAAGGCUACAUUUUGUUUAUAAUAGUUUUUUUAUUUGUGUUCAUGGGGGAAAAAGUGGUAAUGAAGUCUUACUAAUGUUGACUGCAAUUUUAAUUGACAGAUCCGUAUAUUUACUGUCUGGACCUGAAAUGCUUUUCUGUCAAUUGUAAUUGCAUUUAGCAUUCGGUAAAAGUUGGGAUACACUGUUGGUGUUUAUAAGGGUCAGCUGUAUGGUCUAAAAACUGAGACAUUUUAUUUUGCAUUGGCAUUAACCACAGUUCAUGUUAUCUUUCUGAAAUCCCAGCUAGGAUCACUGCUAAUAGAGGUUUUUGUUAUUAUAUUAUUCCCAUUUUUUUAUAAUUAUUAUGUCUGAGCCUAAAUACAUUUAAAUUUGAUAUGAGAAACUCAAGGGUAUAGAGUCCAGGCAUAGGCAACCUUUGGCACUCCAGAUGUUUUGGACUACACCUCCCAUGAGGCUUUGCCAGCAUUAUAGGUGUAAGAGCAUUAUGGGAGAUGUAGUCCACAACAUCUGGAGUGCCGAAGGUUGCCUAUCCCCGGUAUAGACACUUAAAUUCUUUCCCCCAAUGCUUGGUGGAAAUCUAACACUUUAUUCACAGAGAAUAUUACAUGCAUAUAUAUAGAGCCGUCCAUAACACAUGGUUUUUCAUCUUUAUUUUAUGUCUUCUUUUUUGCCAACCAAUUGCUAAAGGCAUGAAUUGACAGCGAAUAUCUCCAUUAUCUAUUGGCGACUAGCUCCUUUAUACAUACUUGUUGACGGCGUAUAUUGCCUAAUCCGUUAUUGAGAGCUCAGAGUUGCAGCCAGAGGAAUGGUGCUAAUUGGGCUAUUAACACAUUGGUGUUGGUGAUCUGUAAUAUACUGGCUUGACAUAGGACAAUGAUGGUUUCAGAAUUACAUUUUCUGUGAGACUGAGCCUUAGGGUAAAUGCAGUUCAAGGUUAACUAUUCUAGGCUAUAUAUCUGCUAAUCGACCAUAAGUGUAAUCUUUACAAAAGCAGAAUUGGAGGAUUGUGCUGGCUGGCACUUGUCCUAUUUAUUUAUAAUGCCCAGUCUGACUAGUACAAAAGUAGCCCUAUAUUUUAAGGUUUUGAUGAUUAAACAAAUAUGGUGAAUGUUCUCCUAGAAGAGGCGGUGGUGCAAACAGCUUUAUGUCCCCAUCUGCCUUCCUCUUCAUUAUAACCGUGGAGACAAAAAUAGCUGCUGUUACACUCCCACCCACCCCUCCUAAUGUCAUGGGGGAUCCCAAAAUGUGUGCACACAAUUAUGAAAUAACAGGAGAGACCAUAUGCAGCAACCGCUUAAAAGGAACACGUAGCUUAAUUCCUGAAAAAAUCAUUAAUAAAGCUACUUGACAAACUAUUAUAGGCCUGCAUUGCUAGCCUUUAAUUUCUGGAGUAAUUUUACAAUUUAAAAAAAAAAAAAUUUUAAAUGACUCCUAAAAGAUGGAAUUUGUAUGAUAGUCAGGAGUUUAUGGGAUUUACACUGAGUUCCAAAAGAGAAAAGCAAUAGGAGGACCAGGGUUAGCAAAGACAUCUCCCCAUUUUUCGGUCUCUGCAGGACCAGUAUAUAUAUAUAUAUAUUGUUUUAAAAAAAUAAAAUUGUUUUAAUCUGGGCUUUACAGUUUCUAUUUUUAAUGUAAUUUUUAACCAGAACAACAAAUGACCAUAGUAAUCUGAAACCUAUUGGUUUUGGUAUAUCCCACUCUCAUAUUUUGUACCAUCAACCUAAAUUGUUAAAUUAGAGCAAUACUACUUUUGUAGUCUUUUUAGAGACAUGUUUUAUCAUAAAAUAAUUGAAAAGGAGAAGAAUAAUUUGACAGUUGGUUGUUUGUUUUUUUUCUUUAAUGGUUGAUUUCCUUUGAGACUUGUAACUUUUAAGAACGUAAAAGUGAGUGGACCCAUCUACAGAGAGAGAGUCCCCCUCUCCUCAGCCUAAGUGCCAAAAGUUACCCAUCAUUGGCAUAGCAUUAUUCGUUUUAUUGUGAAAUAUCAGUGAGGUAGUUGGACAUGAACCUAUUGUUAUGCUCUACUUAUUAAUGUAAAGUUGUCAUUAAUUGUCUUUUGUCCACUUUAAAUGCAUAUUUGUGGCAAUACUUUUCAGAAAUGUUAAAGGGACUCUCCAGGCAGAGUCUUUUACUCGUGAAGCCGCGCCCCCUAUUUCGUCAAAAUGAUAAAAUAGGAGGGCGCGAGCAGGGAGCAAUCAGACGCUUCCAUUUGGAAGCGUCAUUGCUCCCUUGUGCGCAUGCGCGGCUUCGCCGCACAUACUUCAGAGGGCGGCAUUCAUGCUGCGCCCUCUGAAGUCCUGAGCGCACUACCGCGCGUGUGCG